GAAAUGUUGAAAAAUCAAAAAGAUCUAGAAAAAUCAAAAAAUAAAAAUAAAAAUAAAAAUAAAAAUACUUCAAAUUCAAUUCAAUCUUCAACUUUUAAGAUUCAACCAACACAAAUAAAUUCCUGUGAUUCUAUAAACAUUGACCAAAAUGUCUUUAAUCAUCAAAAUAAUCAUCAAAAUAAUCAUCAAAAUAAUCAUCAAAAUAAUCAACCAAACCAAAAUCUAAAUACAAUAAACAAUUAUCCAAACUCAAUUAAAAAUGAUACUAAUAUUAAAAGCGCUACUCAAUCUUCACAAAAUUCGGGCAUCCAAAUCAAUAAUCAAAUUAACCAGGUUAACCAACUUAAUCAAGUUAAUCAAGUUAAUAAUGACAAUGUAAUAAAUGCGCAACUAAAUCAGAUGAAUCAAUGCGAUAUGCCUGUUUACAAUCCAAUCAUCUCUUCAAUCAACACUUCAAUCAACUCUUCAAUAAACAAUCAGCUAAAUAUGAACAACCCACUUAUCCAACCUAACCACUUUAUCGAUUCAUCUCAAUUUAUUAAUAACACCAUAAAUCUCAGUCCUCAUACUAAAAUUAACCCCAAUGUAAAUCAAUUACAACUCCCAAAUCAGCCAAAGAAAAAUAAUAUGAAUGAUAACGGAAGUUUUAAUUUCAGUAAUUUACAUAACGUUAAUAACCUCAAUAACAAUUUCAAUAUGAAUUUCGCUAAUAAUUUUUAUAAUAACUUUCAAACAUCACCACUUAUGAACAAUAGCGUUGGGACUAAUAAUGAAAGCUUAAACAGUAGUAAUGCUCAAAACAACAAGGUGGUAAUCAACAAUACUUUCAUGAAUAGCAAUGUUAAUAAUAUGAAUAUUAACAGUUUCGGAGAAAGCUUUCAUGGGAACUUGAGUAACAACUAUGAUCAGAUCAAUAGUUUAAAUUACAAUCUCAAUGUUAAUAAUAAUAGUCAAGUUAAUGGGAACAACAAUUUUAGAUAGUUAGAUUUCAUUUUAUAAUUUUUCUCUCUUUUUUAUCUCGAGUUUUUUUUCAGAUAGUUUCGGUCAUUUCAAUCAUCUUGGUCAUUUUAAUCGUUUUGAUGACUUCUUUUUAUCUUCAUGCUUCAUUUCUCUUUUGUUUAAUUCAUCUUUCUUUGUUAAUUUGUUUUCUUCUUUUUCGAUCAUUUUGUGUUAGUGACAUUUGCUUUUGUUUUCUCAUUUAUUAGAGCUCCAUACAGUUUUCCUUGUCAUUUUUUCUUCGUGCUUUUACAUUCUGCUGCAUUUUGUUAGAUUUGUGUUGUGUCUGAUUUCUGGUUUUCGCAAAUAAAUGGUCUGGGAUAUUUUCUUCUUAUUUCUCUUCUUCUUCUUCUUCCUCUUCUCCUUCUUCUUCUGCUACUUCCCAAAGAAGAAAUACCCGCCCAUCACUCCAGUGCAC